AAAAGUCCGACCACGAUGGUCAAGUCGAAGUGUUGUAAGCUGGUGUUUUGGAUGGCAUUGGUGGUUCUCCUAGCCUCCAAAGUGGAGGCCCGCAAGCGCCUCAAGGUUGGGAUACACAAAAAUCCUCAGUCUAGUCAUCAAAAUGUGGAACACGAACUCAAGUCCUUGUCGGUAAAACAUAAUGUGAAGAGCACGAAAGUACUCUCAGCGACGGAAGCUCCUUUGAAAUCAAAGACCCAGGACGCAGGAUCUAGUGCUGCCAGCCUGAGCAAUUAUUACAAUACGGCUUAUUCUGUAGCUGUGGAGAUAGGCAAUCCGCCCCAGAAGUUUACUCUGCUGAUAGAUACAGGAUCCUCGAAUCUUUGGGUGCCAUCCAUUAAGUGUCCAGCCACUGAUAGGACCUGUGCCAAUCACAACAAGUACAAUUCCGCGGCAUCCAGCACAUUUGUGGCAAAUAAUACGAACUUUAACAUUGACUAUGGCUCCAAUUCGGGGGGUUCAGUGGCUCUAUCCGGUUUCCUGUCCCAGGACACAGUGACGAUAGCGGGUUUGCCCAUCAAGAAUCAAGUAUUUGCCGAGAUCACUGAGGAACCGGAGAACCCCUUCCUCAACGCCCCCUAUGAUGGCCUUCUGGGCCUGGCCUAUUCCGAGAUAUCCAUUGGCGGGGUAACCCCACCGUUUUAUAAUUUAAUCCAACAAGGCCUCAUCAAGAAGCCAGUCUUCUCCAUUUAUCUCAACAGAAACGGCACAAGUGCCAUUACCGGUGGUGAGCUUAUUUUAGGAGGCAUCGAUUCGGGUCUUUUUAGAGGAUGUUUGACCUACGUACCGGUCUCCACCCAGGGCUAUUGGCAAUUCACAAUGGGCAGUGCCGACAUAAAUGGCACAAACUUUUGCAACAAAUGCGAGGCCAUACUCGAUGUGGGCACCUCUCUGAUGGUGAUUCCCCAAAAUGCCCUAACCAAAGUCAACCAGAUAUUGGAGGUACUGAACCCGAAAGAAACCAACGGCGUAUUUUUAGUGGACUGUGCCAAAAUCCCCAACUUCCCGGACAUAAUCUUUAACAUUGGACGCAAGGAUUUUCCACUAAAGUCAAGUGAUUAUGUGCUCCGAUAUGGUAAUACGUGUGUUUCGAGCUUUACGAGCUUAGAGGGCCUUGAUUUCAUUAUUCUCGGCGAACCUUUCAUGGGUGCUUACUACACAGUCUACGAUUUGGGCUACAAUAUGCUCGGACUUGCCCCAGCACUGCAUUGAUCUUUGAAUCUCUCUGUUAUUAAUAUACCACAGUUUUUCUUACAGAUUUCUAACCAUAACUAUAAGAAAAUUUCAAUUUUAUUAAUUUAAAACAACUACGAACUACAAAUACUGCAGAGAUAACAUUUUAAUAUGUGUAUAUUAUAACUUUUUGUAUUUUGUAUUAAUAAAUUCCUUACCCCUUUGAAAGCGA